AUGAACGGACAAAAUAACUACAGUCACUUCGGGAGUUUCAUUUCAAAUUCUGAAACGAUAAGUAAUGAUCUUGGACUCCAAAUUCCGAUUGUGAAUGUAUCUCCAAUUGUGUAUGGAAAUCAUCAAGUUUCUAAUCGGAGCGCUAGUUAUUCAUCAUCCAACGGUUAUUUGUCAAGAGAUUCGCCGUCAAGUUUAAGUCCACCAGAAACAGGAUCGUCAAAUAGGAGUUCGUUUUCUUAUAGUAGUGAAAUAUCUCAAGACGAUUUUUUUAUGGACUCAUUAGUAAAUGGUAUUAUUGAAGGCGUCACUUUUGAUGAAGAUGUAUUAUCAUCUGAAGUUAAACUAGCUUCUUCUAAUGACCCUCAGAAUCAUUAUUGUCGUGAUGGCACAGUUUCGUUUUAUGAAAUUUCUUCAACAAUGCAGCAAAAAAACUCAAAUGAAAUGACUGAUACGUAUCCAUUACCGAUGGCAACUUCGCCAAGUACAUUUUUCAAUUCACCGUUGCUUCAACUUCCUCCAAGAAUAAAUCCAACUCCAUCUUUACUUUCAUUUUGUAAUAUACAUCCAGAUAACGCCAUAAUGUAUUGUUAUACGUGCCCAGCAAUAAUGUGUGACAUGUGUCAGAUAAAUGUUCAUGAUCGCCACUUGACAAUGGAAUUAGCCAAAGCAUCUGAAGUUGCUGAAAACCAAAUACAGUUAACGGUUAGAAUGACAAUUAUAAAGAAAUCCUCCAAUGAUAUUAGUUACAAGGCAUAUAAAGUUAAACAAAAUGUUUCUUCGAAUAUUAAGCAAGUAGUUAAUGCUGUGCUGGAACGCGAAAAAGAACUUUACUUGCACAUUGAAGAAAUAAAAACUGCGAAGCAAACAUUUAUAAAAUACCAACAAGAAAUUUUGAGAAACACUGUGGGUCAGUUAAUGAGGAUAACUAAUGCAAUAUCUGAAGCUAAGAAUUAUCUUAAUAUCAGUGGAAAUCCAGAAAAUCUUAUUGCCGUUAAAGAAAAAGCUUCUGUUGAGAUAUCAAAAAUCGAAUCCGAAGGUUUAAUCUAUGCACAAUUAAAAGAUCAUUGGUUAUCAUUUUCUGGAUCGAUUGAUAGCCUUCUUGAUGCGAUUACUCAAUAUGGAACAGUCAAAACAAGCCCUAUGGGAUCAAUUGGUGAUGGUAGGGCUCUGAAAGGUCGUGGUAAUUCACCUCUUUUAAUUCAACCAUAUCAACAACAAUAUAGACAACACCACCAUCAGCAACAACGACAACAACAUCAACAUCAACGCUACCAUCAUCAUCAUCAUCAGCAGCAGCAGCAGCAACAACAAAAACAACAACAACAACAAAAACAACAACAACAACAACAACAACAACAACAACAACAACAACAACAACAACAACAACAACAACAACAACAGCAACAACAACAACAGCAACAACAACAACAACAACAACAACAACAACAACAACAACAACAACAACAACAACAACAACAACAACAACAACAACAACAACAACAACAACAACAACAACAACAACAACAACAACAACAACAACAACAACAACAACAACAACAACAACAACAACAACAACAACAACAACAACAACAACAACAACAACAACAACAACAACAACAACAACAACAACAACAACAACAACAACAACAACAACAACAACAACAACAACAACAACAACAACAACAACAACAACAACAACAACAACAACAACAACAACAACAACAACAACAACAACAACAACAACAACAACAACAACAACAACAACAACAACAACAACAACAACAACAACAACAACAACAACAACAACAACAACAACAACAACAACAACAACAACAACAGCAACAACAACAACAACAACAACAACAACAACAACAACAACAACAGCAACAACAACAACAACAACAACAACAACAACAACAACAACAACAACAACAACAACAACAACAACAGCAACAACAACAGCAGCAGCAACAACAACAACAACAACAGCAGCAGCAACAACAACAACAACAGCAACAACAACAGCAGCAGCAGCAACAACAACAGCUGAAACAACAACAACAACAACAACAACAACAACAGCAACAGCAACAACAACAACCUCAACUGCAAAGGUACCAAGAUCAUCAAUUUCAGUUACCACAACAAAAUUCGUAUAAAGUUGCGCUUCAAUAUUAUACCGGGUCUCUGUCACCUGAAAGAAAUGUAGCGUCUACGAAUGUUCCAGUGGUUGUAAAAAUUGGGAAAGAUUCACCGUCGCCUAAGCCAGUCUUAAUUAUUGGUGAUGCAGGCGAAAAAAACAAUAAUUUAUGUCGUCCUUGGGGCGUUGCUUGUGAUAAAGAAGGACAUAUUAUUGUUGCUGACAGAUCGAAUAACCAAAUUAAAGUAUACGAUCAAAAUGGCAACUUUAUGAGGAAAUUUGGAACCCGUGGAAGUGGUCCCGGGCAAUUUGACAGGCCCGCAGGGAUUGUUGUUGAUGAACGCAACCGUAUUAUUGUAGCAGACAAGGACAAUCAUCGGAUUCAAAUUGUAUCAAAAUACGGUGAUUAUUUAUUAGCGUUCGGUGAAAAAGGAAUGAGGAAUGGUCAAUUUAAUUAUCCAUGGGAUGUAGCAGUUAAUACACGUUGUGAUAUAGUUGUAUCCGAUACACGGAACCAUCGUAUUCAAUUAUUCAAUGAAGAGGGUGAGUUUCUCCGUAAAUACGGUUUUGAAACAAUGCAGCUCAUGUGGAAGUUGCUGGAUUCGCCAAGAAGCGUUAGUUUUACUCCUAAUGGCGAUAUUCUUGUAUCAGAUUUUAAUAACCACCAUAUAGUUAUUAUUGAUUAUCAACUUCAAAAAGCUAAAAUAUUUGGUCCCGAAAAGAGAGCGCAUCCGUUUUUAAGAAUACAAGGUAUGAAGGUUGAUGAUGUUGGAAACAUAGUUAUUGCCGAUUCGCGUAAUAAUAGAAUACAGGUGUUAGAUUCAGAAGGUAAUCUUAAAUGUAAAUUUGGAAGUGUGGGAAAAGGUGUAGGUCAGAUGGAUCGCCCUGCUGGUAUUGCGUUAUCUCCCGAAGGCCGAAUUAUAGUUGUUGAUUUCGGUAACAACCGAAUCUUGGUAUACUAA